UUUGCUAAAAUUUGAUUCAAUCUCUGUAACAAGUGGGUAUUUGACCUGGGAAAUUGUCCUACUUGAGUUGGAGAAUAUCUUCCAGAACAAUCCUCUCAUCUUGAAUUUAGAAACUGUCCCAUCAGCCAGAGUUCCAAAAGAUCUUUUUGUUGGGUUUUUUAAAGCAAAGAAAGAAAAAAAAAAAAGGAGAGAACAUCGGUAGAAGAUGAAGAGCAGAGCACAUAAAAUGGAGAGGAGUAUAUCACUCCAACUCAAAGAUAUCAUUGAUAUUUUACUACAUUUAUAGCAGAAACAAUACAAUAAAAAACAAUUUUUUUCUCACCUAACAUUUUACCCAAUACAAGAAAAUAUUAAGCAUUUAAAACAAAAGAUUACAUUCAAAGAUUUACUGCCAUUUCUUGUAGCGCAUGUGAAGCUCCAUUGUGCUGUCACUUUGCUGCUACUCUGUAAUCAUGUUGCAGCUCUCACGUCCUUCCAUUUGCUGCUACUUUGGCAGCUUGAACACCACAACUCCAACACUUUUAACACCAAGAAUGCAUGUAGUUGAUCUGAUGGGACUAAAAAAAUAUGAACAACCAUUCUACUUUCUGUGGCAGUGCAAAGGGUGAAAGAAAGAGAAAGGUCCAUGAUGAUGAUUGAUGAGGUAUCCAUGGCCAUGCAAAAAGCAAAUUUCAAAAGUAAAAAAUGUUAAUGUACCGUGAUGUUGUGAAUGAUAAGAGAGUUUGAUGUAGAAGCAUCCUAUUACUGAAGAAUGAGGUUCUUUUCCGCCACCACAUAAGCCUUUCUGCCUUGUUGACUCUUGGAGUUUAUAGUUUAUUCAUUUAUAUCCAAACCAAAAAAGUUAAGUGCCUUCUAAGGCACUCUUUCUCAUUUGGUUUUUGAACUCCAAUCUAUACUGAACAGAAGAGAAUCAAGGCUCUUAUUGGUGUGGCCAAUAACCACACAUUUUUGUUCUUGUUUGCCCAAAUGACAUGCUGUGGUCACCUCUUAUAUGGGAAGUACUAGAAACAAAGAUUUAUGAACUGUUAUUGAUACUUGUAUUUUUCUUGGGUAUGGUACAAAUGGUGUACAUGUUCAUCAAACUCAAAAUUGUUUCAUUUUUUUGGGUCUCCUUUGAAGGGAUCUGAUUAAGAAUAACUUCAAAACCACAGUAGGGCUUUCAUUUGCAGGCUGCUUUAGAACAUUUUUUUACCGUCCAUGCAUCUUGACUUUAACGUUGUGUCCAGCACUCAAUGCGGUACCAAGGCAUGGUUGAGCAAGGGAACAUUUUAAUUUUACAUUAGAACAUUCUGGCCAGUUUAUUUAUUUUAUUUUAUUUUUUUUGACAUUUAUUAAAUUCAAUUUUUGAUU